AUGGAUCCACGGCAUCCGUCCAAGCUUCCACUUUCACUUUCAGUUCCUGUUCCAGUUCAAGUUUCUACCAACAACACUUCUCCUUUCCUUCCAGCUCCAGCUCCAGCUGAAGCUUUAUUAUCUACUGCUUCAACAACAACACCACCACCACCAACCGGCUCCAUCAGCAUCCCCUAUCCUCGCAGCGCGACAACGACACCCGUAUUUAUUAACUGGGGAUCCAACACGCACACGCAUAGACAUACCCACUCCCGCACACCGUCUUAUGACAUCGCGCGCGCCGAGUCGCAUCCGCAUCUUGAGAAUUUCACCUCGCAUCAAAACCCUGCAUAUGCCGUUCAUACUUUCGCCCAGCGACGAUCCUCCGACACCAAUUUUUACCCUCAACCUCAAAGUCAAAUAAGCCACGAUUCAAAUACUGCGCGUUCAAUCACACACAACCCGCGAACCUUUAAUCACGAAAUGCCGCCGCCGACUUCGCCUCCCAACCGGGGGGAAAACCGCCGCAACAGAACCAAAACCAAAAUCAACAGCCGCACAGCAUGA